UAUUGCAUAACGCGGGCGCUUUUAUUGCUGCAGCAGUUGAAGCGACAGCUGUCUCAGCUGACUGCACUAAACUUCGUUAACGUAUGCCACAAUGCCGGACCUAAGUCCCACGAUCAACAAUGUCUCUCUGGCUCUGUAUGGUGGCGCGACGUCCCUGGUGCCAGCGGGAAAUUUCCUGGUGUCACCCAUCAGUGUUUUGUAUGCCAUGGUGCUGGUCUAUUUAGGUGCACGCGGCCCCACCCGGGACAAUUUGCAUAAAGCGCUGGAUUUUAAGGAGUUUUCCAAAUCGGGAGCGGAUGCGGAUGUUGCGGGAGCGUUUGGUCAGCUGAUGAGUGAUCUGAAAGUGAAGACGACAUCAAAGACUUCCAAUAGCACAGGAAAAGGCAAGAAACUCCCGGGUUCUAAGAGCUCAAAACUCAAGGAUGAUGCGUUUCAGUUGGCAAUAGCGAAUGGGAUGUUAAUGAGAAAGGUACUAAAGCGGCCGCAGCCAGCGCAGUAAUCGUUACCGGCCGAAGCAUGGAUGCGCCUCCUGAACCUCAGGAAUUUUUUGCGGAUCAUCCAUUUUUGUACGCCAUUCGUCACACACGGACUAAAGCUAUCCUGUUUAUUGGACGCUUUGAGUCAACGGACAAUCUGCUGCAGCAAUAAGUGCUUUUGCGGCCGAUAACUCAAAGAUGUGCAGAUAAUGAUCAUCCUAUUGUGGUCACAUUCAAUGAAAAACCGACCGUGGAUACAAGAAAUAACUUUUCUUCCGCAGUAUUUGAAGAUUUUCAUACGUACAUCAGUGAUCAGUUCAGCGUGAUUGUUAUGAUGGAAUACUGGUAAAUUUCUUUGAUUAUUGAUCCUGUGUUUCUAACGUUCUGCAGAACCACAAGCUUAGGCAACGACUUUUUUUCAACGGUUGUGAAAUUCGACCACAUUCUACGCCGAUUGCCGAGCAAAAGA